UUAAACCAGUCAACCUCCUUGAACUUCACAGCAGAAUCCCUCCACCAUUUCUGGUAGAGAAAUAGCUAGCGUCCUGCAUUGGUGUUAUAUCUCAUCUCUAGGGCCAUUAUCAGCCAUCUGAAUCUCUGCCUAUUCCCUUUGUUCUUUCUCUGGUUUUUCUGAGGAUCCCUGUCCUCUCUUGGUGAUCGUGUUUUCGCUCGUAGAAAUCGAUAUGAAGUUGAAGGUGGUCAUGAUAUUGCAGCUCCAUGACGAAAAACAGAAGAAGAAGGUCAUGCAAACCGUGACUUCUUUUGACGGGAUUGAUCGGAUAUCCAUGGACAUGAAGGAGAUGAAACUAAAAGUAGUUGGAGAUGUUGAUCCGAUAGAUUUGGUGAACCAACUGAGGAAUCUCUGCCACGCAGACCUACUCUCGGUGGCUCCUGCCAUGGAAGAGAAGAAUGACAAAACCAACGAAGAAAGUCCCGAGAAUACACCAGAAGAUCGGCCUGAGGAAGAAGAAGAGAGUGGGGCCGAAGAAGAAGCAGGAGGACCGGAGAAGGAUGCAGCCUUGGUGAAAUGAAAAAGCAAAGUUUACGCGGUCCGACUGCAUAUUGCUAUGACAGCAAAAUAAAGAGUUUUUCUCGAUGUUCUUAGCAAAUGUGUCUUGAUAUAGUAUUUCAGGAUUGUUCUCGUCAUGCUUUUUAAACUUCCUUGUAUUGUGUAAGUCCUUGAGUUAAUAAUAAUUUUCAU